UAUAUUAUAACAGGGCGUCUGUCUCCGGAGACAAAUCUACUCUCAGUUGCUCAGCAGGCGCGAUCUUUUGUGCGUCCAGUUGCGUUCCUCUGUACCACGGAGCUCCCGGACGGAAAGCGACCUCCGCUUUCACUGACAAGUGCACUGGCUGCACUCAAAUAGAUUCACCGGGUACACCUGCAUCUCUCCAAAUAACUUUGGAAAAGAACACUCCUCUACAGCUACACUUUGACCGGUGAGAGGAGGAAGAGAACAAGACUGAAAUAAACAUGAAACUUGAGGUGUUCUCCGCUAGCCACUUCCUUCACAAGCCUAUGGAGGUACGCAGUCACAGUGAUGCGGAAGCGAGCGUCCCAUCUCCCUUAUCCGGAGAUGAACUGGGCUCGGACGGGGACUGUGUUGCCAACAGCCCGGCACCUGCCACCCCGAACAGUGGCGAUGGUAAGGGCAAGCCCUACACCCGUAGACCAAAGCCGCCCUACUCCUACAUUGCACUCAUCGCCAUGGCCAUCCGGGACUCCUGCAGUGGUCGGUUGACUCUGGCUGAGAUCAACGACUACCUGAUGAAGAAGUUUCCUUUCUUCCGUGGCAGCUACACCGGCUGGAGGAACUCCGUGCGCCACAACUUGUCACUGAACGACUGUUUCCUUAAGGUGCUCCGCGACCCGUCCAGACCCUGGGGCAAAGACAACUACUGGAUGCUGAACCCGCACAGUGAGUACACCUUCGCGGACGGGGUGUUCCGCCGCAGGAGGAAGCGCAUAAGUAAGAGCCGGUCGGACAUUGGUGGUUCUAUUAAAGACACCGAGAACCGGGACAGCCAGAUACCGGACGAGGAAACUCGCAUCUCUACCACUCCAUCUGCACUCCCCAGGGAGGAAAGGGUGAUGGGAGCCACGUUCUCUAGCUCUUCCAGCUCCUUCUCCAUCGAUAGCAUCCUCAGCAAGCCCUUCAUUAGGAGGGAGGAUAGAGACCACACCGAUACGGACACUGCACAUGCCAAUCCCGGGGCCAAUCGUCUCUACUGGCCGGCUGGUGCCCACCACAUGCUGCCCUACGCUCUGGCUUAUCCACCAGCAUCCCCUGCUAUGGGGCACCCACACGCAUCGCACUCGUACCAUCAGGUCAGCCCUGGAACGACGCACAUGCUGCACGCGUACAGGUGCAGUCUCGUGGAGCCAGCAGAACGUAGCAGGGACCCACUCACAACUCUCAUGACGUCACAUGGCCACUUGCCAAGCACCGCGGCUGAUUUCUCCUCUGUGAAGAUGCACAAAGCUCGUGGUGGCAGCUGUCAUCCUUUCCAGAUAGACGCAUUACUCUCCUAAAGCGAACAUAAGGGACAAUCAUGUAAUGGGACAAUAUGUAAUGAUAUAUCUUACAGUUGCCACAUGCACUUUUCUAUUUGCUUUAUGUUUUUCUAAUUUCUUGAAAAUACAUUUCGUUUUCUGAUAACGCUUUCAGCAGUGAUGUCAAACGUAACGUGUUCUGUUUUUCAAGUAACUUAAUUUCUGAUUAUUCCUAGGACCAAGCAAAAUAGUUGCAAUCUAUCUAAUAUGAUAUGUCAUUCCACUACGUGUGUGUGUGUGUGUGUGUGUGUCUGGGGGGAGGGGCGUUUAAUAGGUCAUUUCUACUGUAAACGACGGCUGCACCUUGUGCCAAAAAAUGUCUGAGAUAAUAUUCGUAUUUAUGUGUUGAUACAGAUUUGUAUGACUUGCUGCAGAAUAUUGUAGCAAUACUUUGAAAUAUUACUCGGAUUGUUGACUACUCCAAUAACGGAGAAUGCACAAAAAGCGAGGAAAUACACUGUUAAAAAAAAAAAAAAAAGAUUCAUGCAUGGAGAAUGUUUUUAAAGAAAAAUAAAUACUUCGACUGUUUGGGUGAAAACUAUCAAUGAAAACCACGAAUAGACUAUUUAUUGUUUAUUUUCGUUGGAGAAUGCCAUGGCAAGCAUUACUAAAGCCGUACAUGUAAGCACAUAUGUUUCCGUGAAGUAAAGUCUACUGGAAGGGUGUUUGGAAAUUAAGGGCGGAAAAGGUUUAGAGGCUCGUGAUCAGAUGAAGAUCCGAUAUGUCUGGAACUAGGGUGUAGCGUCGUUUUGGCAUCCAUCUCAUCCCACUUGUUACUGAACUGCCAGAGGAAUGAAGAAAAGGUUAUGGGUAUACAUUCAUUUCAGACAUACAUUUCACCCCUCUGCCUACUCUGCACUGAACAACCAGGAAGCAGCAGUCAGGCACAAAUUAUAAAGGGGGAAAUAUACAGUUCAGCGAUUUACAUUAAGCCGACAUACAUAUCAUCCUUCUGUCCUCUCCCUGCACGGCAUGUAUGCACCAAAUUAUCCCUGGGUUGAGCUAUUUCUAAAUAUUUAACAGUGGUAAGAUUAUAGUCCAAGAAAGGGGAAUGACUAAUGUUAAAGUUACACUCAGUCUCCUGUCACAAUUUUUGUUUCAAACUGUCUAAAUAAAGUGUUACAUGUAAUAAAACAUAUUUGUUAAAUAAACAAAUACAAAACCAUAGAAUCUGACGCUUUAUACGAAGAAUAUUUCAUAUUAACAGCAGCAUUUGUGGUGAUGUUGCUUCAAAGUGAAAAGGUAUACUUUAAUUUCAACUGACAUUAAUGUCUCAAUUCAAUAAAAGCCUAACUGCAGUAGGUUAUUUAUGAGGUAGCUAUUUUACCAGUACGUCAACUUAAUUGUUUAAAUUAACAGACUGAUUUUGGGUAAAAUAAAAAAAAAUUACGGACCCCUUUCUGGGACUACGUGCUUGCAUCUUUUCAGAAUUUGAAGUAAAUGGGCACCGGAUGAAUGUAGGCUAAAUAAAGAAUCUCCUUUAAAAAAAAUUAUGAGUGGUUUAAUUGAAUCCCGACCAAAGCUUAGCAUUAGGAAAAAAUGUGCACAUUUCACAUAAGGCAAAACAUAGACAUCCAAGUGGUUAAGAACGAAAACAUUCUUUAUAUUUCUCCUCCAGUCCGAGGAUGGAAUCUCAGACUUUGGACUUCAGCUCCAAACGUAAACAAGGGUUGAGGAUAAAUUGUUACAGAGAAUACGAGUUGAGUUUGGAGUAUGCCUAUUCAUUCAACAUUCACUGUUCUGUGGCGUUCACACAAGCGUAAGAAACAUGCCCGGGAUCCUACAAACAUUCAGAUAUGACAAUACACCACACAGAAGCCUUGUAUAUCAACCUUCAUGUUUCAGUCAAGCAAUUCGAAGUCGUCUGACACAAAGUAGUGUAACGAUUUUAAUUAGAAUUCUUAUGAUUAUUAUUGUGAUUAUUUAAAUUUUGCCACAAUAAUAGUAGGCCUAUAAUAGUGAAUGUUUAUUUUUGUCA